AUGGCCGAGAACGCCGCUCCGACCGAUGCUCCUCCUCGACGGCCAUUGCAUCCUUUCUUCGCACAGAAUCGCCCAGUUACGCCAACCGUAGUCAAGCCCGCUGUGAAUGGCACAUCAGUGACCGAGGACGAUCCUGACUUGCGCCAUAACACGACAGUAGGCGACAAAUCGAAGGGAGACGCCGUGUGUGACUCGCCAACGCGCCCUCUCAAACGGCAUAAAGCGGACAAAAAAUUGAAUGGUGAUGAGGAGCAGAGAAAAGCACGACCAAGGAAGCGAACAAGACAAUCAGUUGGUGGAGGCAUUGCCGGUCAUUUUGUGAAGCUCAAAGGCGGGAGUGAGAAUACAGCGCAGAUUUCAGUUCCCGACACCUCGGUCGUGGCAGGUGGGAUCACUCCAGACUCCUCGAACCAGGCCGCUCCCGGCGCCGACAUUCCACAUGCACAGCGCCUAGGGAAUGAACAACCCACAAGCAACCCACCCGAAAGCAAUGACCAUGUCACGGAGCGGGCUGCGGUGCUCCCGGCUACAGCAGCCAGCUCGCCAGCAAAACCAAAAAAGCUCUUGCAAUUCAACCCAAAAACCGGCACCAUUGGCUCGCCCCCAAAGCCAAAAGAGCGCAAGUCUUUAGGAACAGAGCCUGCUGGCGAUGGCGAGAGAAAAAGACGUGGCAGGAAGCCAUUAUCAAAGAUUGUGCGCAUUGCCUACGGGACUGACUCGGAGUCUCGCACAAGGAUAGCGGAGCGUAUCAAUGGCAUCCUGCACAACCAGCACCCUGGUGCUCCGGCAAGUUCGAAGCAAGCUGCUGCGUCUCCUGUGCCUGCCAAGCCAGAACCAGUCUCAAAGCCCUCCAAGGCGACUCAUCCCUUCUUCUUGGGUCCGGCCAAGAAGACCGAUUCGACCCCUCAUGAUGACAAAAUGAAUAAGCCAACUUCGUCUCCCACUCGGCUGGGAACGAAGAGAUACAGCUCGACACCUUGCUCACCUAGGAAGUCUCGCACCAGCCUGACUUCGAGGAGUCUACUGCCUCAAUUUGGCAUCAAGAAUGUUGGGCUAAAAUUCCCUGGCGCCAGACUGCCAGCAUGGCCAUGGCAAGACAUGGUGCAUGUGCGUGGUGAGCAGCCCUCGGCAGAAGGUAUAAUAGAUCAGUCAAUAUCACUCCCUUCCCGGAAAUCCAAGGGCCAUGCGGUAGAAGUUCCACAGACCGAAUCAGUUCUCAAUCUCAUCACCCAGUCCAUGGAAAUCCCGGCCAUUGCAGAAUCCGUUCGAAACAUCUACACCGAUCAUAUCAUUCCUCCACCGCCUGAGCUUCGCCUUCCCCAGAAACACUUUGAAAGCGGAAGCAAGCUACAGAUUCGGGUACUCCCUGAACUCAGAACUCUCCAGCCCCACUUGUUCAAGAAGAAGCCGACUCAGGGCCAGCGGCCAGUCGAGGGAAGUGAAAAUAAGGCCCAGGCUCCCCGACAACUCGCACGCCUAUUCGAUUCGAUCGCUACGUCGUUAUCCGCAUUCGACAGAUCGCAGUGUGAGACUGCUAACUGGGCUCACAAAUAUGCACCAAUAAGCGCUGCCGAGGUUCUUCAAUCCGGACCUGAAGCAUUUCUUCUGAAGGAUUGGCUUCAAGCGUUGACGGUGCAGUCGGUAGACACAGGCCCGGCGGAAACCGAAAGCUCAAAGACUGGGUCAAAGGCAAAAGGUGCAGGUGCUGGGAAGAAGAAGCGGCGGAAAAAGCUGGAUGGAUUCAUCGUCUCUAGUGAAGACGAGGACUACGAGCUGAAUGAGCUGUCAGAUGAGGAUGACAGCUGGGCUCCCAGCGGCAGCCGGGGCAUUCUCAGAAAGACGGUCGUCAGGUCCGUCAAUGCAAAGGGAAAGGAUGGCGACAGGACUGCAAACACGUUGGUUAUCAGCGGCCCGCACGGGUGCGGUAAGACCGCCGCAGUCUAUGCGGUUGCAAAAGAGCUGGACUUUGAGGUCUUUGAGAUCAACUCAAGCAGCCGAAGAAGCGGAAAAGACGUCCUGGAAAAGAUUGGUGAUAUGACAAGGAAUCAUCAUGUCCAGCAGCAUCAACAGGCUAGUGCGGAAGACGAUCAGCACCGGAUCGCGGAAGAUGAAGUUGCCAACGACAUCAAGUCAGGCAAGCAAUCCACCAUGAAUGCAUUCUUCAAGCCCAAACCAGGCGGCACAAAACCAAGCGUUGUCAGGCCGAAGCAGUCGACGAAAGCCUCAGCACAUCGACCACAAAACGAAACGAAGAAAGAGCCCGCCAAAGCCCAGCGACAGUCUUUGAUCCUUCUGGAGGAGGUUGACAUUCUAUACGAAGAGGACAAACAGUUCUGGACGACGAUUGUCAGCCUGAUUGCGCAGGCGAAGCGGCCCUUCAUCAUGACCUGCAACGACGAAACUCUGGUGCCCCUUCACACCUUGAGGCUUCACGGCAUCUUUAGAUUCAGCACCCCACCACGAGACCUUGCAAUCGAUCGUCUAAUCCUCAUCGCAGCGAACGAAGGGCAUGCGAUCACACGACACGCAGCGGAGCAUUUGUACGUUUCUCGCAACUGCGAUCUGCGAGCUGCAACAAUGGACCUCCAGUACUGGUGCCAGAUGGGAGUGGGAGAUCGUAGGGGCGGCUUUGACUGGUUCUAUCCCCGCUGGCCGAAGGGCGUUGACCUUGAUGAGAGCGGAAGGGUCGUCAGGGUCGUCAGCCAGGGAACCUACCUCCCUGGAAUGAACUUUCUAGGGCGAGACAGCAUUGUCGACCCCAAAACUACUCCAGGCCUUGUUGAAGAGGAGAUUAUGAGUCAGGCCUGGGAGUCAUGGGGCCUUGAUGUCGGGCACUGGCAGGAUUCAAUUGGAAUGGAGCCAUGGGCUGAGGGUUUGCAGCAGGCUGUUGCUACCCCAGGCGGCCGGUUGCGUACUUUGGUAAUUUAUGACGAUCUGGUUGAGGCGAUGAGUGCGGCAGACAUAUUUUCAUGCCACUCGUUUGCCGAGUUCAAGCGGGCAGGAAUUGAUCCCACCUACCCCGAGCAGCCCAUUAAGACUCAAGAGGAUUAUGUCCUCGGAUUCACACACCUCGAUACCCCUUCCGUGACACAUUACGAUUCUUUGGCCACAUCGAUUGCUCUCACCACGAAGUCUCUUGCAAGAUGUUGUCUCCAGGACUCCACCGAGAAGCUCCAAGGUCACCCGGAGCCUGCGCUUCAACCCCUUGAUGAAGAUAGGAUCAUCGACUACAUGCAAACGAGCUUUUCGUUCACUCCGCCCGGAGCCCCAGCAAUUGAUCGCAUGGACUUUUCCUUUGCUUUCGACCCGAUUGCCGCCGCCGACGGUGGCCCACUUCAGUCGGGGCCGUAUCUAGAGCCUUCGGUCUUUGACCGUACUUUGACGCUCAUUGCACUCGAUGUGGCGCCGUAUGUUCGAGGCAUUGUUGCCUACGAUUCACAGCUUCAGAAGCAGCGGCUCAGAUUGAGCAAUCUGGUGAGCGAAGGCGGCGGCUCAAAGCGAAUGCGCACCACCAGGGCGGCCUUGUCGGCCUUGGAAGGUGGUUCAAGAAGCACCACGCGGGGUGAAAAGUGGUUCAAAGCCGACCUCAACCCAUACUUGGUCGCCAAAACUGCCGGAGUAGGGUGGGAUAAGUCUGGUGAGGAUGGGGCGCGAUUGGAGACGGAGGAAGAGUCUCUGCAGAGCUCUCCCAAGACAAUGUCGGACUCGUCUCCGAGAAGGACACCGAAAAGGGUUGCUCGUAAGAGCAGGAAGCGGAAGAUGGUAGUUCGGGAGGAUGACAGCGCUGACGAACUGACCUAG